AUGAUUAGAAGAAACGACCACUCCGCCUCGCCGGCGGCCAUGCUACACUCUACUCCGCUAGCCGUGUCCCCGACCCUCACCCACGUCUCUUCUAGAACCCACACCCCCUCGCAGUCCGACGUCCAUGACCCUCCUCGAGAAGUCUCUCUCCGGUCUGCCAGUCCGCCACGGUCGCCCUCUCCGUCAAACCUCACCUCAACCAUGGGAAGUCGACCUGGCGGACCCCUCGACCAUGACCGGACAGCCAACGCUCAGCGGCCUGUCAUCAAUGCCUCCAUCUCUGCUCCCGCCGGCCGCCUCCCACGCCUCCUCCCACAAGACCUGUCCCAGUACUCCGAGCCGUACUUGCCCACUGCAGCCGUCACAACCUCAUCCACGUCCCUCGCCGAGUUGGCACAUCUGAUCCGACUCCAAGGCUACCAGGAGCAGCGCAAGGCUCACUCGCGCGUCAGGCUUCACAGAUGGCUUGUGGCAAGCGCCCUCUCCGCGCGUCUGGUACACUGCGGAGAGCUAGCCCACCGCACUUUGGUUGACAGCUUCAGGUCCGAUGAUAAGAAAAACUUUGCUACGCUUUAUAAUGCCCUUCACGACGUUCGGAAUUCUUGCGACGCCACGAGACGAUAUGCAUUGCUGGAGCCUGAUCUCGAAUUUGGAAUGUCUAAAAGCUCACGGAAUGAAAAGUCGCAAUCAUUUUCUACGUUUAUCAAUGAGGUUCCGUCCAAAAUUUUGGACGAGCUGCUCGAUUUCGUCUCCGAAAUCCGCACGAACCCUAGUUUCCUUGCUACUCGCAUUUUGAAUUUGUCACAGCAGGAGCUCGCUUCUUUAACUUCAUUUCGUCAAGCGUUGGAUCCCAUUGAUUCCGUCAUGGCGUUGCAGGCUCGGGGUAAGGCUGUUGGGUCCGCUCAGAAGCCUUCUCAAGCCUCGAGCUCAAGUCCAGUAGAGCGUCUACUGUCUUUUCAGCGGCAUGAUCCUCUUUCUGCUCUCAUUUAUACCAUUUUUGCAAAUUCUUCGGGUCCAGACUCCGCUGAAGACCUCCGCCGAACGGAUGCCCUGGCUACCACGUGUGCGAGGCUCAUCACCGAAGGGAAACCCGGAAGUGACAAGUUUAUCAAGCAUGUCCUGGAUGCCUGGGCCGGUAUGCGGGAGUGGCCCGGAAAGGCCAAUUUGGAGCUCUACCUAAUGCAGGUUCUCCAGGAUGGGCAGUUCCUGUUGGAGAAAGCCGAGGACCAGCCAGCAAGGCCAGGGACGCAGCCUGUCCCGCGCAGCACCAAGGAUACUAUUGCGGCUGAUGACUUCUACGACAAGGCCAUCAAGAGACUUUUCGAAGUCGUUGACGAUGAGCCCAGCGCAGGAGGUAUCCCGGAAGGCGUUCUAGAAAUUGGUACUGCCAUUCUCCGGAAACUUGAAGACUCCAACAAGCAUCGUACCGCAGCACGAACUUUCAUUAGCCAAGGUAUUAUGACUGGCCAUCACAUCAGCGAGCAUGCCCGUCAAAAGAUUCUCAAAGAGAUUGCUAUCAGGGCUCAGAAGCAGGUAUUAGACAUGACCUACAAUUGGAAACAAGCUGUUCCCAUACUUCCCGAAAUACGUACUCAUAUCGACAACAUUCUUGGCCGUUUCAAGCACACUCGCAAUCAGUCGAAGCCUGUCCUUCUUCCCGCCAAAGCCAUUACCUCUCCCCGCGAGACAGUGGAGGUGCAGCCCUUCAUCGUUGUCUGCCCUUCGGACAUCAUCACUCUGGUCAACACGCUUUUCCCGGAACGUCGUCCUCCAUCUAGUCAUUUCGAAAAAGAUCUGCAACGACGUGGAGGCCUGGCGUCCUCCGCUUCGUCGAUCUCUGGGGUUUCCUUACCCUUUCACGCCAAUUCAGUCUCCGGAGAUGCAAGUUCUGUACUCAGCAUUAGCGCAUCGUCAAUGACGAGUGAUACCACAUCGCGAGAGCCUCUUCUGGACUCCUCAGGUCAUCCCAUUGAGAGACACCCAUUGCUGCCUGGAGAAAACUACCAUGAGCUGCCCAAGAUCGCACCGACAGAAGACUAUGGAAGACGCCUGAGAAUGGCUUGCUCUGAAAUGUCUCGGAUCCUUGGUGUGGAAGCAUCCUCAGGAUCUUGUCAUCCAUGCGCAGAGCGAUGGGCCGUUCUAUAUGUCUCUCCGGAUGGCAAAGAACUCCGGACUAGAAUGCGGAAAGAUGCUGAUGAUGAAGAUGAGCAUGACGAUGAUUCACCAGACAGUGACAGUGAAGAUGAGGGGCCGUCUGACAGAAUCGACCUAGAGAGCGAUUAUCAUCAGUUAAAGGAAGCAAUUGGAAAGUUGGUCGAGGAAUACGAGAUUCCGAAGGAACUCGCACCCGAAAGCGAGUCCAAAGGCUUCAGUAACCGCACUUCCACACAUCGCCGGGAUGCAAGGAAAAACUUAGUCCGAUCAGAAAGCGACAACCUGGCUUCAAGAAACCCAUACCACAACCAAAGUCAAAGUCAGCUCACCAAUUUGAUUGCAAGUCAGCGAGCUAUGCCAGCCCGACAUCGAUCACCACAACAUCCAAGAAGCAACAGCAAUCCAGAUCCGAAGGAUGCUCCGCAAGACAAAGCAUCAGUACUCGUUACGAUGCUUGAAGUAGCAAUGCAUCAAUGUCAAGCUCGCUCAGACUUUGUCAGCGCUCAUCUUUACUACAAGACCCUGCAGACCCUUCGAAAGCUUUCAUCACCGUCUCUCGUCCGAAAUGGCUAUUCUGCUCUCCUCAACUACUUUUCCAGAGGCCCACGGGACUCCCUUGGGAAGUCAGCUAGCGCCAUCGAGGAGUUCGAGGCCUGGUUCGUCUGGCUCAAGCAAUCCCAAGAGCGGCACGAUACUGCAAUCGAUGACAUGAUCCUGGGAUUAAAAAAUCUUCGCGAUAAGAUGUGGUACAUCACCGACGUCCGCAACUCCGCCGGCUACGAAGAAGCCAAGAAUGUUGCUAUUGCCCUGAAGAUCAUGGGACAGCCGACCAAGACGCUCGACGGCAAGCCAAUCCAGACACCUCGGCCCCGGAACUUCUCCAAAUCAUCCACCAACAAUUUCUUGCUCAAGACAGAAGCUCAAAUUGUCGACCUCAUGGCGGCUAACUCAGAUCACGGUGGCCCUAACAAAUUGGCCGACGAGCAAUCCGAAUUGACCCUCCGCUGGCUAACACAGUACGGUGUCGAGAAUUUCUGCAAGGGUGAAGAGAGAAUUCACCGAUUCUGUCUUGAAAUUGACAAAUGUGUCGACAAGCUUGUUGGCGACGGCAUUCUUGAUGGCCCAGUCUUGUGGUCUUCGGAACUCUACCGCCGUGAUAAAGAGAUUCUUGACAGCGGUCGACAGAAGGGCGAUCUUUUCUUAACUGGCGUGGGAACACUAUCAAUUGCCGGUGACGAAGAGUAUGAAACGCAGCAUAACCGACCAGGUUCACGAAGCCUGGACUUCGCCCAACGCCCCAGUCAAAGCAGUCUACGUUCAAUCUCGGACCGCAAUAUAUCUCAGCAAAGUUUUGAGUCUGGCAAGUUUGGCUCGGGAAGGAACAUGGACCUAAUGGAUUCCCAAGAUUACUUCGGAGGCUCUAGUCCUGUGCUCACCAUCGAUUCUACAACGACGUUCUGGUCUCCCUUCCAAACGCAAGCUCAGUCACCUACUAGUGCCACCAGCAUUCGACCUCGGACCGCGUCGUCUUCGAAAGGAACCGUGAUGCUCAAGCAAUCAGCCACUGUGAAUGAGGACAAGCGUCGAUUCUUGUUAGAUCUCAAGCAAACAUUGACAGGCUUGCUUCUCAGUGAUCUUGGAACUAUGGUGUUUGGUCACGGCAGCGAGACGGACGCGUGGUUCUCUGGUGAUCUUGGGGAGGAGUGUAUUCAACGAAAAGAAGAGGAAGAUCGUCGUCGGAAGAGAGCAUUAGCGAGAAAGAAAAGUAUGAAGAGCAUGAAGAGUUCUGCUCGUGCCGAGCAUCGUUCCGGUCCCUUAGAGACAUUGGGCCGUAAUGAGCGGAGUCAGCCGGCAGCCCCGGUCGCAACGCUUCAACACGCUGCACCCGACACGCAUCACUCAGCUGGAGAAUACUCCACAUCAUCCAGUGAUGCCACAGCUCGGUCCUCGGGUAUGGCAGCGGCCAAGAAAACUGGGUUACUCGAAUUCCCCUACAACAUGGCUUUCAGGCGUCUUUUGAACAAAUUCGCCACGCAUCCCAAUCCUUACUCGAAACUGCACGCCCUCUACGAGCUAGAGCUCCUCAUCAUCGCGUCGUUGACGUCACGUUCGGGCCGAUCUUACAAUAGCCGUCGCGAGACGCUUCCAACAGUUCCUCAGUCGCCAACUCUGGGAGCAAUGCCGGAGCUCAGCUCUCGUGAACCCGCCGCACAUGUCUCACGUGCUCAGAACCUUGAAGAAGCCAUCGCCAAUUGCGAAGAGCGUCGGUCGCACAGCAUGACUGUUCAACACGGCAACGGUACUGCCUCUCCAGUUCCGUUCCGCAGUGGCAGUGGCGCUGGUACUCGCUCCCCUGUUGGCCCACCCAGCACCGACAUGAUUGUGGAAGUUCUGCAAGGCUUGUUCCGUGACGCUGAGAUUCGCCCAAAGACGCUCUUCCGGGAUCUCCAGUAUAUCGCCUCAUUCGUCCCAGCCCAGAUGCUCGACAAGACCGCCCGCGGCAAAGCCUUCUGGGACGCCGGUCUUGCUGCUCUGGGCCUGAAGCAAGACGUCUGCCGUGUCAUGGUUGAAAUCGCCGACGAAAUUGUUGCUCUCAACACCCAAAACCGCUCCACCAGCAUCUCCGCGCAAAGUCAAGGCAGCGCGGGUCUUAGCACGCCGUCCUCGACGAAAACAACCUCAUCAUCUCCCGCUACUCCAAUCCCUGCCGAUGACCCUCUUUCCCGCUACACGAUGGAAGAUGCGGCACGCAUGCUCAUAAUCACAGCCAAGGAGGGAGAUGCUGUCGCAGAGCGUGAACUCGCCAUCUUCUACCUCACGCACCCAGACCUCCUUCAGCGAACCGUCUUGCCCCUGACGAAGCCGCGUGAUGUAUUCAAGAGCGAGCUACUUAACAGAGAUCGCAAGAGGGAAGACAUGGCGCGUAGCGAUCCGAUGACGAUGUGUGUUGCACAGCACUGGAUGGAGAUGAGCAAGAAGGGCGGCGAUGUACUUGCCACUAAGUACUUGCGUGCACGCGACGAGAUGGAGAGAAUUCCGUAA